AUGGAUCCCUCGCACUUCGAAUCAGCAAGCUUAUUUUAUAAGUCGUUUAAUUGAUACUGAUGAUUGACAAGUUAUUGAAGAAUUUUUUCUUUUUUUCGAUGGCAGGUGGGGCCCGCAUAGUGUUGAUUGUUUUGCUAAUUAUUAUAAUCACAAGCUCCCCAAAUAUUUUCGAGGUUUUGGAACCCGAACACUUCGGGUGUUGAAUUUUUCUUUCAGUCUCUUCGAGGAGAAAAUUGCAUAGUAGUCCCUCCAGUUGGUAUCGUCCCACGCGUAUUGCAUUAUUUGAAAUAUCAGCAGGCCGUUGGUACGCUCGUUGUACCUCUUUGGCCAUCGGCUCAUUUCUGGCCUUUAAUUACACACAAGUAUAGCAGUUAUCUUGUGGCUCACAUUAUUCAUAUCAGCAAUGAGGUUCUAACCCGCGGAAGAAACCUUAAUUUGCUCUUUGGGUCUGAUAUAUGAUAAGAAAUAUUAUUGCCUCUGGAUUGAAAUUUACUGAGUAAUCCAUUGGACGGUGUGUCCAUUAGCCUAAUGAUUAUUUACAUUUGGUGGCGCUGGCCAAAGCAACGUCUUGUUUAUAUAUGCGGCACUGGCCUAAUUAAUAGUCUAUCAUUGCAUGUGGCGCUGUCCUAAACAGCGUAUAGUUCAUUUAUGUGGCGCUGGCCCAAUCAAUGGUUUUUGAUUUACGGGGCACUGGCCCAUACAAUGGUCUAUCGUCUUAUGUGACACUGGCCCCAACAAUGGUCGAUCUUUGUACGGUUAUUAAAGGAUGUUCUUUUUUGUUGUUUUAGUAUAUAUGCUUUGUUCUUGUCUUUCCAGGUAAUCUUAUCAAGUAAUUCCUGGAAAGGCUCUCAACAAUUUUCUUCAAUCAACGUUUAUGAGGUUUUAGAAGUUAUGUUGAGGUCCAGGGCGGAUACAACUACUAAAGCCUACGUUCGCGUUAUUAGAAAGUUUUUGGAGUGGUCUAAAAGUAGACAUUUCAACAUGCAGUUAUCUUUUCCUCUUAUUGUUGUUUCUCUAUAUUUAUUUGAAGUUCAGCAGUCUAGCACCUCUAGUUCCUCAGUAAUUUUAUAGCCCAUGCUGCCCUUAAAUGGUUACAUUCUUUUGCCCCUAGUUUGGAUCGUAAUCCUUUGGAUAGUGAAUUUUGCAGGAACAUUAUCGAAUCUGCUAAACGCACGCCAGAAAUCACAGCCAGUUAUGAAAAAGAAGCUUAUUACCACAGACAUCAUAAGGAGUAUUUUAGAUUUUCACGACAAGAAAGAUGCUAA